AUGCCGCCGCACGGGCUGUUCGCUCGCUACAGCUACUCCUACAGUGGCGCGGACGCGUGGAACAGGGAGUACCGACUCUCAUUAGACAGGCUUGAUCAGCCAAAGCCCCUCUUUUAUGCCCAGUUUGCGUUCAGCGUUCUGACACUGGCUGCCCUAAUCUGCGGAACUAUCUGGGCAUGUACGAUCCGCAACCAUGGCGGUGCGAUGAAGGGCAUGCUCACUUCUCUGAUUACCUGGCUCAUUGCGAUGGUUUUGAUUGUCAUUGAAGAGUCUUUCUUCCUGGCUGGCGUCACAGUCACCCAGUACUAUCUGAUCGACUUGUUCCUCUAUGACUUCUUCCUCUCGUUCAACGAAUGCAUGCUCAUCUUCGUCUUCUACAACGUCAUACACAAGCUACUCGACCAUCUGACCGACUCAGGAAGACCAUACGCUGCCGUUGUCAUCAUCCACGGGAUCGCUCUGGCCUUCGCGGUGGCGCUGGCUAUUGCCUCGUGGGCCUUGUAUGUCGGAUACAGGGUGGCGUACGUGCAAGGCUCAAGCUUGUAUAAUCUUGGAACAAUCUACAAUAAGGUGGCAAGUGCGCAAGCGAUCUUUUUCUGGAUACUUUCACUGGAAAUCCUCGCCUGGUCCAUUUUUGCGACGAUCAAGGCUGGAACCCAUCGCUUUGUCUCGAGAAUGCCCGCUGUCGCCCUCAUAAUUGGCAGCGUCUUCUGGUUCGCCCUAAACAUGAUGUGGGCGGUCCUCGCCAUGCAUUACUGGCUUCCGGCUCGCUGGUAUACUCCGCUGUAUCUGCCAACCCUCGAGACUGUCUUCCAGUUCGUCUGCUGUGUCGGUAUUUACGUGGGCCUUCUCACCUGCUGCAUGAAGUGGAGCAAAGUCGGCGGAGAAAAUGACAAGCCCGUGCCUUCGCAAUAUGCUGUGCCUGCAAGCUAUCCGAUGUACCCGGCACAUACGACUUAUCCCCAUUUCCCACAGUCCUCUCAGCAGUAUCCUCCGCAUAUGCAGCAGACCCAGGGUCAGCAGUUUUAUCAACAGCCUGCGCACCAACCCCAGCAACAGAUGCCAUAG